UCGGCUCAUUGACAGCCCUCCCCGGCUCCCCCUCACGGCUCAGGGCCUCAGCCCUCGGGCUCAUCUCUGUUUCUUUCCCCCUUCUUCUCUGACUCUCUCCGUCCUCCUUCCCUGGCGGCGCCGACUGGUCGAGCGGCGGCGCGCCCUUCGUCACCUCCUGGCCCAGCCCUUCGCCAGCGACGAUCAUCCACCAGCAUAAAAAAUAAUACCCACACACAGCUUACUGCUUGUUUUGGGAUAGAUGGCAGAUAGAGAGAGACGAACAGUGUUUGUCACUGUGGGGACCACAUGUUUUGAUUCUCUUGUCAUGGCAGUGGAUUCUCCAGAAGUGAAAAAAGCUUUGUUGCAAAAAGGUUAUACUGACCUUCUUAUUCAAAUGGGCCGAGGGACAUACGUUCCAUCUAAGGUGUCAGAAGAUGCAACCCUUCAAGUUGAUCAUUUCAUGUUUUCACCAAGCAUUGCUGACAAUAUGAGAACAGCUUCCCUAGUUAUUAGCCAUGCAGGUUCAGGAAGUAUAUUCGAGACGCUACGACUCGGCAAACCUCUAAUUGUUGUUGUAAAUGAAGAUUUGAUGGACAAUCACCAGAGUGAGCUAGCAGAAGAGUUGGCUGAAAGGAAGCACCUCUUCUGUGCACACCCACAAACACUGGGAGAGACCAUCGGAGCAAUGGACCUAGGGACACUCGUUCCUUAUGUGCCAGGGGAUGCCGAACCAGUUGUCACCCUGAUCAACAAAUUUCUUGGAUUUCCAGUUGACUGACAAGUGAAGAUAAGCAGUAACGCCCCUUAUCUGGUCAAACUAAAUGGACUGACUGAUUGACUCACAUGGCGAGCUGAUGAUUUCAUAUUGUUGUACAGUAAUAGAAAGAUGAUCUUUCUUGUCAUUGAGCAUAAGUCAUGUCUCUACUAAGUCUGGAUAUCGAGCCAGCUCAGCUCAGCUCGUUAUGUUCAUGAGCUAGAAAUUGGGCUCGGCUCGUUUGCCAGCUCGAGCUGGUUCGUUUAGCUUGCAGCCAUGGCCGCAGGGAGCAGGAACUCGAGGCCGUAGGUGGCGGAGCGGAGCUUGGGCAGGUGCGCAGGGCAGAGUCGAGGUGCACGGCGCUGGCCGGGCUGGCCGGCCGGGGAGCUUUAGACUAUCCGCACUUGUCGUAUUUUAAAUUCAUCCUCUAAAAUGAAUAUUCUUACUUGAUCAUCAAGAUUUUCUUCUUUAUACUCA